GGCAAUAUCAUCGCAGGAACAAGUCGCGGACUAUCACAGAUGAUUGCGGGACGUUUGAUCAGUGGUAUCGGUGGUGCUGGACUGGUUAGUCUAGUUAGUAUCAUCGUUUCUCAGUUAACAAACGAAAAGCAACGAGGAGCAUACAUGAAUAUUUUCAACGUAGUCUUCAUCCUGUCUGAUUCGCUUGGGCCAAUUGCUGGUGGAGCGCUUGCAAAAGCUGGCCAGUGGCGCUGGAUCUUCCUAUUCACCGCACCUUUUGGGCCUGUUAGUCAGUUUAUUUCCCGCGUUGCUCUCGCCAAGAUCGACUUGAUCGGGAUGUUACUCAUUGUGGUGUCCCUCAGCUGUCUGGUUGUCGCACUCAAC